CCUCAGCAAACCAAAAUCUAAAAAGGAUGAGUUGCAAGGCUCAGCAGACUCUUCCCCAUAAAGAAGAGGUGAGCAAACCCAGUUUGUGGUGGACAACACCUUUUAUCCCAGUGCAAAGGAGGCAGAGGCAGUUGAAUCUCUAUGAUUUGGAGGCCAGCCUAAUCGUUAGAGUGAAAUAUAGGCCAGUAAAGGCUAUAUAGAGACAGCCCACCUCAGUUAAAUAAAAGAGAAAGAAAGGAAGGAAGAAGGAAGGAAGGAGGGAGACAGAGGGCAGCAGGGGAAGAAAGAUGACUGGUGCUUGUAAAUUCUAGAUGAAGUUCUUCCCCACUGCCAGCAUCCCUGGGCUCACAGUUUUGUGUUAACCCAGGGGAUAUUUGCAUGUCUAUUACAAUGUUGAGAAAACUUAGAGGCAGAGGAAACAGAGAGGCAGGAAGAGAGAAAGGAUGAGACCCCCCAUUUGAUCCCUUCUGUAAAGGAAAUCUGGAGCAAAUGCUGGGAAGGCUUGAUGGGUAAGACCUGGGGGUGUGGAGCUCCUCUGAUCCAUUUCCCAAUUACCAGGUUUUCCAGUACAGGACCAUACUCCAGUAGGAUCACAUCAGAGCAUGCCUUCGUAUCUACCAAUGCCCAGAGAACCUCCAAUAGAUACAGAAUACCCAAGAAACUUGGGCCUCCAAUUUCCCCAAGGUCCCCCCCUGCAUCCAAAUCUCCAAAUGUCUUCAUAUCUACUAAGAGAAUCUGGUUUCCAAAUGCCUCAACAACCUGCAAGAGACAUACGUCUCCAAGUAUCUGAGAGUCACCUAGUGGCCCCAGGAAUUCCAGUGCAACCAAGCCUCCAAAGUUAUCAUUCAGGCCCUAUGAGCAAUCUACAUCACCUGCUAUCUCAAAGGCCCCUAGUUUCUACUGGAACUUCAAUGCAAUUAAGCUUCCAAUGGCAUCCAGUUCCCACUGGCAAACUAAGUCAGCACAUGACUCAAAGUUCCCUAGUUCCUACAGGAGGCCCAGUACAGUCAAGCCUCCAAAGACAUCAAAUCCCAGCAAGCCAUCAAAAUCUCCAGAUGUCACAAAGUCCUCUAGUUGUUGAGGCAACCUCAACACAAUCAAAUUUCCAAUGGCACCUAGACCCUGAGAGGGACAUAGGUCCCCAGGUGUCUCCAGGACCAUCAAUGAAAACAAGUCCCCAUCCCCCAGUGAACACAGGUCUCCCACUACUGGCAACCCAACCAGUGAACCCAAGUCCCCAGUUACCCUCAUGUUCCCCAGGGAGUCCUGGUUUUGAGGAUUCCCUAGAUUCUCUGGAGCCCUCAGAUACAUACAGCAACCAGAAAGUUCCCCUCAACUCUCCGGAGAGAAAGAAGAAAACACGCACUGUGUAUUCAAAGCGAGAAAAGGAGCUGCUGCAAGAAUAUUUCAGUAACUGCCCGCACCCAAGCCCGGAGAAACACAUGGAGCUGGCACAAAAGAUCGGUGUGACAAAGCAACAGAUCCAGAUCUGGUUCAAGAACCAACGGGCCAAGAACAAACGGAAGAAUGCUUCAGACGGAGUGCCAGAGACAAGUGGAAGCUGUGAAGGUGUUUCUGAGUCAACCAGUUCCUGUAGACCCUUAUCUGAACUUGCCUCUGCCGAUGGAGAGUCCAUGUCUCCAGCUGCCCAUUCUGGCCAACCCAAAGCAAAUGAAGCCCCAACUGAUCCAGCAGUAGCUGAAGGUACAGCCUCAGCUGAAUCUCCACUUCUCAUGGCAUCUGCACCCCAAGAACCAGAGGAUGCUCAAGACUCAGAUUCAUCUUCCGAGAAGCUCUGGCAACAAGUCCUUAAGGACUUGGAUGCAUUCCAGGGCUAUUAUUAGACUUGGCCCAACAUUUUCUGUGAAUUUGCCUUUUCCCAAUUUAAUUGUCUCAGUUUUUGUAAUAUAUGAAAUAAUUAUAUAAAAAUAUCCCCAUAUAGACCUAGUGUUUACAUACGUAGCCCAGGUUGGCCCUGGGUUCAGGUCACACUCCCCCUGCCUCCUGAGUGCUAU